UAGCAGUAGCAGUAGCAGUAGCAGUAGUAGUAGUAGUAGUAGUAGUAGUAACAUUAGUAGUAGUAGUACUAGUAGUAGCAGCAGCAGUACUAGUAGUAGUAGCAGCAGCAGUAGUAGUAGUAGUAGCAGCAGUAAUAGUAGUAGUAGCAGUAGUAGUAGUAGCAGCAGUAGUAGUAGUAGCAGUAGUAGUAGUAAUAUUGGUAGUAGUAGUAGCAGCAGCAGCAGUAGUAGUAGUAGCAGCAGUAGUAAUAGUAGUAGUAGUAGUAGUAACACUAUUAUUAUUUGUUUUUGCACUCUCCCUGCUCUAUAUUUGUUGCUCUUGUUAUCAGCAUUUUAUCAGCAAUCUCCUGGCCUCUUUUGCAUAUUUUUUGACAUCAGUGAACUGCAAGUAACAAUGAUCUGAGAAGCUGCCAGCACCUGUUCCAGCCUCCGAGAAGUCUGCUUCUCUUCCUAGCCAGCCUCUGAGUCUGGUUAUGGGUAAUGGUCCAGCGGCGGAAGGUCAAGUGGGUUUAAAACGGAAAGAUGCAGAGCCUGGAUUCCACAGUUCUAUUUUGCCAGAGGGUGCCCAAGAGAGGAGGAGCGUCCUCAACUCCCUGAUAUCUGGGGCAUUGGCUGGGGCUGUGGCCAAGACUGCAGUGGCACCAUUGGACAGGACUAAAAUCAUAUUCCAAGUAUCAUCAAAUCGGUUUUCUGCCAAGGAGGCUUACCGCCUGAUCUACCGCACCUACCUCAAUGACGGCUUCUUCAGUCUGUGGCGGGGGAACUCUGCCACCAUGGUCCGGGUGAUUCCGUAUGCCGCCAUCCAGUUCUGUGCGCAUGAGGAGUACAAGAAGAUCCUGGGCAGCUACUACGGCUUCCAGGGAAAGGCGCUCCCUCCGCUGCCUAGGUUCAUCGCAGGCUCGCUGGCGGGCACAACGGCCGCCAUGUUGACGUACCCCCUGGACUUGGUCCGUGCACGGAUGGCUGUGACGCCGAAAGAAAUGUACAGCAACAUCGUCCACGUCUUCAUCCGGAUAUCCCGGGAGGAAGGUCUGAAGACGCUCUACCAGGGCUUCACACCCACUAUCUUGGGGGUGAUCCCGUACGCUGGGUUGAGCUUCUUCACCUAUGAGACGCUGAAGAAGUUGCAUGCGGACCACAGCGGCAGAUCGCAGCCCUAUCCUGUGGAGCGGCUAUUCUUUGGGGCCUGCGCCGGCCUGAUCGGGCAGUCCGCCUCCUACCCGCUGGACGUUGUGCGCCGACGGAUGCAGACGGCGGGGGUGAUGGGCUUCACGUACGGGAGCAUCCUCCGCACCAUGCGGGACAUCAUCCAGGAAGAGGGACUCAUCCGGGGCCUUUACAAAGGACUCAGCAUGAACUGGGUCAAGGGCCCUGUCGCCGUGGGGAUCAGCUUCACGACCUUCGACCUCACACAAAUCCUCCUCCGUAAAUGGGAGCGGGCAGCGAAUGUGGAAAGGUAGUGGCCAGCAAGUGGGGUUCAUUCGGUACAACGUUUGGUAAGAGGCAGGUGGAUAUCUCUCCUUCAUCCCCCCCGCUCAGAGCAAAAGAGGGUUCUCGUGGUGGAACUGCUUGUGUGCCCCCCCCAGUCCCCCUCCCUCCCUCCAUAGCAGCGGCAUCCUGCCUUCCCUUUCCCGGAGCUUGGAUUUGCAACAGAAAAACCUGCCAGUGUUGACUUCACGCUGUUUCCCACCCACCCAGCUCUUCUUUUUCCACAAAGUGGACGAAACUCCUUUGAAUUUCCCAUACGGACGACUUUCAGAAGGCUGUAGCUGUACUACUAAGCUGGCUCUUGUUUAUGCUGCAUCGUCCGCAGCCUCACCUUGCCAAAUCCCAGCGACUUCCCUUCGAUUCAGUUCAUCAUCUGUCUUAACUUUUUUUUAAAAUGGACUUAUCCAGAUAUUUGAGAUGUGGGAAGUGUCUGCCUUCUGCGUCCCACACUGUCUUUCAUUUGAUAAGGUUUGCUUUCCAAGGCCUGGGAUUUACUGGAUGGGACCUUCCUCCUCUCUCUUCCUCCCCCCUUUAAAACUCUGCCCAGAACCUUCUGGAAGAGAGCCAACCCUGGGAAGAAAAACCAAAACUGGAUCUUUUGCCCCCCCCCGUAGGGUUGAUUGGAGGGAGGGACGUAUGUCGCUUUGAAUUUCCUUGUUGCCGCAAGCAGAGAAGCUCCCAGUUAUGAGACUGGAUUGGAAAUCAAAAGUAUUAAAAUCGUUGUGUUGCCUUUUGGAGCAGCAUUUUUAAAUAAGCACACACACGUAUUGUCAGGGUUCAAACUUUGGAAGAGAAGGCAUGCUCCAGGCCGACUCUACCUGUCUCUCAGUGUUAACCAUUACUGCAGGGCAGGUGUGUACAAGCGACUCUUACAAGAUCUUCUUGUUUGGGGCUCCCAGCAGCCAGUAGCGAUGGUGGUAGGAGUUGGGAGUCCAGCAACGUCGCGAGCGCCGCUGAUCUUCCCUGCCCUGCCGUUGGCGGCCAGUGGGCGGGGAUGGAGGAUGGGAGCUAGAAGUCCAAAGCGUCUAGAGGGCGCCUGGUUGGGGUAGCCGGUUGCCAUAGACAGCCGCACGUCCCAUCCUGCGCCAGUUCAUUCUAGAACAGGGUGGCUGACCUGUUGGACUCCAACCCCAGCAGCCAGGAUGGCCAACAGUGAGGGGGGAUGAUGGGAGUGGUAGUCCAGCAACGUCUAUAGGUUAACUCCUUCUCCUCCUCGAAAUUCUGCUGAAUUAAUCUUGCUGUCCCCCCCUCCACCUGUCCGCUAUUUCACUGUACUGCUUUGUAACACUUAAUGUACACACCUUCCCUCUUGUAGAUACUGCAGCUUUUUUUUUUGGCCCGGAUGCAAAUCUUGAGGCCUUUUACCUCCCCGGACCCCCAAGUAUAAAACCACAUAAGGAGGGCCCAGAAGAUGCCCUUGUGCAGGAUGAAGCCCUUUACAGGUCCCGGAGAACACACCCUGCAGCUGUUCCAUUUUGUAAUCCUGAAAUUCUCUGUGCCAUCAGUAAUUGUGUGACGGGUUGCAGCAUGGCUUAGUGGGAUUUGUGUGUUGGGGACAGGCAAUUUCUCAGGGGUUGUAGAGGCCAGCCGCGUUCUUAAAAAUGCUUCUGGAUAUGCAUGCAACCCAAGAUCCACAAAACACUUUGUAUCUUGGAGAAUACCCCAGAUUUUGGCAUUCUCUCCAGGAGAUAAUUGCCUCUGCAAGGAAGAUGGCUCGCUGAUGUGAUAAGUCUUAAACGCUGGCUUACUUUUCCCUUUCCGCUUCCACCUGUAUGUUAAAAGAGGUCCUAAAGUGAGUAAGACUCUAAUAAUAUCUCUGGGGAGUCUGUUUUCCCUUGUAGUUUGGGUGACAGAGAAGGAAGUUGCUCUAAUCUCUAAUGUUCUUCAAAUGUGGGUCCUCGGACAGUGCGGAACCGCAACUCCCGCUUGACUCUCCUUGCAAUAGUAGAUGAAAUGGCCCUCCCCCCCCCCUCCCCUCCCCCUUUUACUGGAGUCUCCCACGGCCAAUCCAACUUCUUCAAAAACCCGAGGGGCCUUCCGCUUCGUCCUGCCCCACUCCUGCCAUCGCCUUCACAGUAAACCAUUGACCCUCAUCUGAUCACUUUCAGACACGGAGCUGGCUUUGGUACAACGUGGUGGCAAGAGGUAAUUUGGGCAAGUUGUCUUGUCAGCCUUGAGGAGUUUUCUCCCCGAGGCUGCGCCCAGCUGGUUUGGGGGGUUGUGGGCUGCGCUUCCAUCUCUCACCCCGUUCCCACAGAGUGAGAUCUUCUGGAUCAGCAACUGCAGAGCGAUGCUUUUCUUCCUUAGAGUCUGACCAGGGCAUCCUCUGCAAGGAGGUCUGUCCGGAUGAGGCUAGCUGUCUGUCUUCCUGCUACCAACAUUCCUCGUAACAGGCAGGGGUGCAGGUUGCCCCCAGGGGCGAAGAGGAACUAACACAAUUGGCGGCCGUCCUGCAUUAACGCGAUGCUACGAAGCUGGGAAAUACCUGUGCCCCUCCCGACAAAAGAUGGGCUCCCAACUCCUGUCGGCCCCUAGCCACCACGGGGAUGAUGAGAGGAGUUUGGGAGUCCGGCACCCUCUGAAGAGCCACAGCUGUUUCUCACUCCUGCUCACCAACACGUAAAAGAGGGAGGGAGAGUACUAUGGCAGAAUAAGUUGUUAUCCUGGCAGAUAAAUUAUUGCAGAAAGGAGGUUCCCCUUCGGUUAAAGUUAGGGGCCGUGGCCUUCCAGAUGUUGCUGGACCACAAUCCCUAUUGUUCCUGAGAGCUUGGAAAAGUUACUUUUUUGAACUACAACUCCCAUCAGCCCCAGCCAGCAUGGCCACUGGAUUGGGCUGAUGGGAGUUGUAGUUCAAAAAAAGUAACUUUUCCAAGCUCUGUUCCUGACAAUGGGCCAUGCUGGCUGAUGGCAACUGGGAGUCUCAAAUACGUGGAGGGCUGCAGUUGGCCCGCCCUCUUUGAAAAGUCACUCUCCUAACGCUGCGACUUUCUACCAGGGGCAGAUUCAUUCCCCAUUAACCUGUCAGUUUGGUUCGCAGGUGCUUGUUCACAGGAGCUAAGCGGUCUUACCCCCACCACCCGUCACUCCGUGACAACAAGAACAUUCGACCUAAAAUAUGCCCAGCCAAUUUCUCUGUCGCGGUGGCAUACGAGAGAGGUCCUGGUUGACAGCAAGCAGAGACUGUUCUCGGGGGACGGGGGGGUUUCUGUCAUCUUUUCUUCCAUUACUGAUGUCUGCUAAGUUUUUUCAAGGAAACUCUGAACUCCCCAAAACAGUUUGGCUGCAAACAGCGUCUCUCCCCCGCCCCUCACAUCCAGUCAGCCCCAAUGGCCCUGUUGCAAUGGCUACAUAUUAAUGUAUGUCUUGGGGGGGGCAUAGGGGGUGGGGAAGGCAGAUAGCUCUAUGCACAGGGACAAUCUGUUGUAAAAAUGCUGCCUGUCUCUUGAAUCAAACACGGACGUGUCAAACGUAUAUCAGGAGUCUGAACUGUGUGCGUGCGUGUGGAUUUUUUUAAAUAUGGCAAAUAGCCCUUUUUAUUUCUAUACAUAUAUAUAUAUACACACCAAAUGUUUAUAGCGACAUAACUUGUAAAGAGAUCUGUGCCAAAAGAGGAUGUAUAUUUAAUAAUAAAAAGAGAUGAUUUAUCUUA